UACAGACAGAUAACAAUGUAUAUGAACGUGGCUUAUUCCAUACUCGGGAUAAUUUUGCAUAAUGUGGCUGCUAACAUCGUGCGAGUAGAGCAGGGGAGACUGAGAGGAGAACAACUGAAGACGAUCACGGGGGACACAUUGUGCUACAGUUUCAAAGGUAUCCCCUACGCUGCGCCACCGGUCGGCAAACUGAGGUUUAAGGCUCCUCAACCUGCGCCAUCAUGGGGUGGUAUACGAAACGCUACCGAGCACGGGAAUGUGUGCCCACAAUUUGAUCAGCUUAGAAACAAAUUUGUACCGGGAAGCGAAGACUGCCUAUUUAUAAAUGUUUACACUCCAUGUUUGGACCCACGUGCCGAUAUGCCGGUGUUUUUUGUAAUACACGGUGGUGGUUUCACAUGGGGUUCAGGAAACGACGAUAUUUAUGGACCCGACUUCUUAAUCGAUCAGUCUGAUGUAGUCGUUGUGACAUUUAACUACAGACUUGACAAUCUAGGAUUUUUGUGCAUGGGAACCCCGGAAGUACCCGGCAAUGCAGCUAUGAAAGAUCAGGUGGCAGCAUUGCGAUGGGUGCAAAGAAACAUUAAGAAAUUUGGCGGCGAUCCAAACAACGUGACAAUUUUCGGCGAAAGUGCAGGUGCCUUUGCUGUAACAUACCACACAGUGUCGCCGAUGUCUCGGGGACUUUUCAACAGAGCAAUAGCUUUGAGUGGAGUUGCGACUACUUCUUUCACCGUUGAAUUUGAACCAGAACGAAGACCUUUUGUGCUUGGAAAAAAUCUGGGCUUCGAGACUGCAAACACUACAGAGCUUUUAGAAUACCUCCAAAGUGUCCCCGCCGAAGCACUGGUCAACGUAAUGACGCCUCUCAUAGCCUACGAGGAAAAUUAUAUACCUGGGUUAUUAUUAAUGACAGUACCGGUCGUAGAAAAAGAUUAUGGUCAAGAAAUUUUUUUACCAGAAGAUUUUGAACUUUUGAUUAAAAAGGGACAAAGUAAUGUUGACAUUUUCUUAGGACACACGUCAGCUGAGGGAAUUUUCUUUAUGCCUAAUUUUAAUAAAGAAUCAGUAUACGAAAACUACGACAAAUACCCUGAACUUUUAGUUCCAAGGGACAUUUAUUACAGAAGCACACCAAAGACACAUUUAAAAAUAGCGGAUUAUGUAAAACAGUUCUACACUGGGUCAAAGCAGAUGUCUUUAAAAACGGUACCGCAGUUUGUCAGCCUUAUUACUGACAAUUUCGUUUACUCCAUCGUUAAACACGCUGAUCAUCUUUCCGAAUUCAGCAGAAACAACAAUAUAUAUCUUUAUGAGUUCUCAUUUAUAUCCGAAAGAAAUGUUUACAGCCGGAAUGGCUUACCAUAUGGAAUAAUCGGUGUAUCGCACUUUGAUGACCUGAUGUACAUAUUUAACGCCAAGAUGUACAAUUUGCCGCUUAACAAAAAUGCCACUUCUUAUAAAAUGAUACGACAAAUGUGCGGCUUAAUCACCAACUUUGUAAAAUAUGGGAAUCCAACACCAGAUUCAUCGCUCGGCGUAACCUGGCAACCGUACAAUGCAGACUCUCAAAUAUUCCUGGAAAUUGGAGAACAACUGACACUGUACUCUAAUCCUAUGGAUUCGGCGAUGAAUUUUUACGAUUUUAUUUAUGAUAAAAGUUGGUUCAAAAAUCUCUUUUUAGGUACUAUUUACUAAACACUUGUUUUUGGUAUUGGUAUUUUUACAUUUAAGUCUAUGUUUUGUUUUCAUAAAAAUAUUGGUUUGACUACGUCAACGUAUUCAUGCAUUAUUAAUUAUGACUUAUAUAUUAAGCGUUGUUUUUUUUUUAUUUUUUUAUUCUUUACAAGUUAGCCCUUGACUACAAUCUCACCUGAUGGUAAGUGAUGAUGCAAUCUAAGAUGGAAGCGGGCUAACUUGUUAGGAGGAGGAUGAAAAUCCACACCCUUUUUGGUUUCUACACGCAUCGUACCGGAACGCUAAAUCGCUUGGCGGUACGUCUUUGCCGGUAGGGUGGUAACUAGCCACGGCCGAAGCCUCCCACCAGCCAGACCUAGACGGGAAUCGAACUCAGGACCUCCGUUUUGUAAAUCCACCGCGCAUACCACUGCGCCACGGAGGCCGUCAGUGUUUGUUUGUGUCUAUCUGUUUGUUAUAAAAAUUAUAUCGUUGAAUGAAUUAUUAAUGAUGUCAUAGCUUUCUGUUUUCAAGGAAGUAAAACUAAAUACACGAUUUUGUUGUUUUUUGUUGAUUAUACCAAGACAUAAGCCACUAGGAAUUAAUUUUUAAUAUGGGCUUAAAUA